UCCGCGUGGUCGCCAGAUCGAGGAAAAGACGGCCACUAAUCUGGCAAUGUCCACGCACGCAAGGUCGUGUCUGCAGGGGCCAGAGUCAGUUCUAACCAGUGUUGCGGUCCUGGUCAUUCAUCUUCUAGGAAGUGUGCCUGCGCAAUGAAAGCAACUUCCGGCCAAAGUUUCAUCCCAUAUGGACUCGCUCUUAUUGCUUUGCUGCUGAUUGUCAACGUUGCAUUGGAGACCUCCAGUCUUGUGCCUGCAUUCAACAAGCCUGUGGGCGACAGCACCGCUUCUGAAGUUGGGAAGAACUCCGCCACUUCUGACGCCAGCGAGAUCUCUGGGGGUUCUGAAGUCAGUGAGAUUUCAGGCGGUUCUGAAGUCAGCAGGACCUCCGCCCCUUCUGAAAUCAGCCAAAAUUCAGCUGUUUCUCCUGUCAUCCGAAAGUCAGAUCCGGUAGUAUCCACCAACCAGGUUGACCUGAGCGGCAACCUUCACCACGUGUUCCGGAGGCGCCGAGAGCACCUUCUGGAGGGCUGUCGCCGCCUUAACACGAGCAGCGACUUACCUGCCGCAGCCUGGCUCACCUUCCUCGUCAUAGAAGCUCCUGGACCUCUGAAAGUGUGCGUUCCGACCAAGGUUGGAUCAACAUCAUGGCAGAAAUUAAGGGAGCGACUCAAGACGGCAAAUGUCUCGGGUCUUCGUCCUGCAACUGCUAUGCAAGUCAGACAUCCUUUCUCUCGCCUUACCUCGGCCUACAGAGACAAGUACCUCAAUGGAGCCCCGAUAGGAAACUACAACAGCGGCUGGCAGAAUCUGACCGGAAGCACCACUGGCUGGGACUUCAAGUGGCUUCAUUACUGGUUUCCGGCACUAGUAACCUCAGGACGCAUCGUGCCAACAGCCAGGUAUUUGAAGGUGAUUGAUGAGAGCCUCCAAGCAUUUAGGUACAUCAGCAAACACUACAAGAUGGAAGGAAAGGCCAUGACUUUCCCGGACGCCAAGGAGACGGAGUUCGACCCGGACAUCUACAAUGUUGGGAUGCACAUGGUGGCGAACGGGAGGCAGGUGGGAAUCGAGGGCGCUGCCAUCGAGGCCUACAAGGGCGUGAUGCUCGACCUGGUGGAGAGACACCGCAACGCGUCUUUUACGUUCGACGAAUUCCUUCAGUUUGUCGUCUGGUCCAGUGACAAGGGAGUCAUUGAUCAACACUGGACGCCCUACACGGACCUCUGCUUCCCUUGUCAGCGGGAUUAUCAGUAUAUCCUUCACUUAGAGACUGCUGCGGAAGAGUCGAGUGUCCUUCUGAGGGACAUAGGAUACCCAGAUGAAUAUAGACUCACCGCCGAACACCGGACAAAAGGACUUACAGAGGACCUUAACGUUUCGGAUUCCCAGUACUUUAAAGACGUACCGCCAAGUCUGUUGGAAAAAAUUAUAAAGAUAUAUGAAAAAGAUUUUGAAUUGUUUGGUUACAGUAAAAGUCUUCCGUUGUAAUAAACGUGGAUUUUAUUCUUCCUCCUUCUAACUGAUUUAAGGAAGUAUAAGAAAUAAUUUUUAAAAUAUUUUGUUAUAUUUUUGGUAGCAUCAGUUAGUUUGUCCGUUCAUUAACAGGAUAUCUCAAAAAGUUAUGAGCAGAUUUUUAUUUAAAAAAAGAUAUGGAGUGUCUCAGCCUAACUUAGAUGGCAUUUGGAUAGUGACCCCCAUGGCGAAGGUAUGCGUUCCCUGAGUGUCUAUUUUAGGUGUUUACAAACUAUAAAAGGAAAUAAUAAAAAAGAGAAGUAAAUAGCGCCCUUACACAUGUUAGAAUAGGAAUUUC